UGUUGGUUACAUUGUAUCAAUCUCCAGCAUUGGAGGGUUCGAACAACCAACAACAUAGCGUACAGAUAUAGCGAAAGCAAAGGAAUUAACCUGCGGAGGAAAUCUGUUCAUGUUGGAUUUACUGAACGGGGACCAACGGAAAAUAAUAAAUCUUUGAAUGGUUUAAGAUUGGACUUUAAAAUGCCCAGUCGAGCCGGUAUUUUCGAUUUGGAACGGGAUCUCAAAGUGUGAUGAUGGCAGGAGUCCAGCAGUGAAUUGCUGGCCUCUCCUUUCCCUGUACCUUGCCGUUGGAUUUCUCGAGGAGUGCGUUGGGGUCUCUGGUUAUUUUGACAUAUUUUGUCAUUAUCGUCAAUUACUUUUACUCUUUGUAUCUAUGGAGUGUACGUAAUACAUCGCUGGACUUGGGUUCGCACGCGGGGGCAAAAUGUGGGUAAAUGGGAUGGGGAUACCUAGACCCUAAGGAUUCUCUCAACCCAGUCACCCAGCAGUCUGAGAAGGUGGCGGACCUCAUUGAGGCAAACCUGGGCCGUUGGCACUAAAAUGUCCCUAAGUGGUGGCACUGCAGGCGGGAAAGGUGUGGACUCGAAUGCGGUGGACACUUACGACAGCGGUGAUGAGUGGGACAUCGGUGUUGGAAAUCUGAUUAUCGACCUUGACGCUGACUUAGAGAAGGACAAACUCGAGAUGUCUGGAACCAAGGACGGGGGGGCGCUGACGGCUCCUCCCAGUGCUGUUGCCACUCUGCCUGACAACAUACGAUUCGUUAGUCCUGUUCCUGGCCCUCAAGGCAAGGAGAGCAAAUCUAAAUCCAAACGUAACAAGAACUCAAAAGACAAUAGUGGCAAGGCCUCAGCUGGAGAUGGCGCCAAGAAAGAAGCCCUGACGCGAACCCAAGGGGAACAAACAAACACUGCAGCUAGUUCGGGAGCCACUAGCAACAAUUCCACUACUGGGAAAGGCAUGGAUAAGGGUGGCAAAGUCUCCCGAAACGUGCCUGGUGGGAAAAAGGACAAGGAGGGGGCAAGCGGGAAAAGUAAGAAAGAGAAAAAUGAGGUAAUGCCAGUUGUGGCAAUAGCAGCCACUGAAAAGGAGGUGGUUUCUCAAGUUCAGGUGGCUUUGGGGGGUAACCGUGGGGCCAGCUUUGAGAAUGCACAAUCUACGGACUUGGUAGGGGCCGAUCAAUUAGGGAAUAUUGCACUUGAGUCUGGGAUAGUCCCAGCGUUGACAAUUAAAACUGAACCGGAGGAGCUGGACAAUAGUGAAUGCAGAACGUUAAAGAAGGUUAAAAAUGAAAAGAUGGAAUCUCCCGUCUCCACCCCUGCCCCUCCCCCCCUCCAUCUCCUGGCCGCCGUGGGCAACAGCAGCAGCGGCGGCGGCGACAUCGCGUCCCCAUGUGAGCAGAUCAUGGUGCGCACGCGCUCCGUAGCGUCCAACACGUCGGACGUGGCCCUCGCCACAGAGCCGGACUGCCUGGGGCCCUGCGAGCCCGGGACCAGUGUCAACCUGGAGGGCAUCGUGUGGCAGGAAACUGAGGACGGAAUGCUGGUGGUUAAUGUGACCUGGAGAAACAAAACCUAUGUCGGCACCCUGUUGGACUGUACCCGCCAUGACUGGGCGCCUCCCAGGUUCUGUGAAUCCCCCACCAGCGACUUGGAGAUGAGAAACGGAAGAGGCCGGGGCAAGCGGAUGAGGCCCAACAGCAACACACCGGUCAACGAGAACAGCAACUCUUCCGACAACAAGGGCAGUGGCACCAGCAAGACACGUGCCGCCAACAACAACAGCAAGGGCCGCCGGGGCAGCCAGACGUCGUCGGAACGCCGCACGCCGCCCAACAGCAACACGGAGGACGUCAAGGCCAGUCCCUCGUCAAGCAGCAAGCGCAAGACCAAACCCACCUCGGACAUGGAGCCCAACUCCAGCUCUGAGGACACCAGAGGCAACAAGCGCAUGCGCACAAACUCCAACAGCGGCGGGGCGCUUCCUCCCGUCCUCCCCCCUGUCCCAUCUGUGAAGACCGAACCCCAGCCCCCCGUGCUUGACCGCAACUGCCCCUCGCCCGUCUUCAUUGACUGCCCGCACCCCGGGUGCAACAAGAAGUACAAGCACGUCAACGGCCUCAAGUAUCACCAGGCGCGCGCCCACAACGAUAGCGACAUCAAGCUGGACCCGGACGGGGAUAGUGAGUACGGGGAGGACCCCGCGCCUCACCCCGACCCAGGGUGCAACGGGGCCUCCGGCUCUCAGAAAGGCUGUCCGUCUCCGGCGCGGUCCGUCACACCCAAAGGCAGGGGCUUCGACCGCCAGAGUCCGUCCCCCUCCCCGGGCAAGUUCAGCGCCAAACAGAGUAAAAAGAGGGGCGGGGACGGCGACCCUGAGGCGAGUGGCGCGCCGAUGGAAGGCUGCGACGAUGGGCAUGUGAGUGACUGCAGUAAUGACGGCAUGGAAAAGACCAAGUACGACAGAAAGUCCAAGUCAGAAAAACUUGCUCAGAAGAAGGGGUCGUCCCGGCCGGCACCCGCAGGGGGCGCACCCCCCCAGCAGCUCUACUCGCUGCAGGCCGCCUCGUUCCCUGCAGGGGGGAACCCCAAUGUCUCCCCCGGAAUGCCCCCAAUGAUGCAGGGUGUUCCCAAAAGCCCCCAGGUGAAGAGCGUCCAGCCCCCUAAACCACCCCCCCCUAUGGGAGACCCCGUCGUUCUGAACCCUGCCGCCGGUGCCUCAAAAGAGAAGAAGAAGAAAGAGAAGAAGAAGAAGGACUGCGGUAAGGAGGCAGACAGCCCAAAGCCUCCGGGGAAGGGGGGGAAACCAGAGGAGGGGAAGAGCCCCUACUCUGAGUCCUCUGACCCGGGGAAAGGCGACGGGCUCCUGAAUGGCUCCUCUGACCCCCACCAGAGCCGGCUUGCCAGCAUCAAAGCUGAGGCAGACAAGAUCUACAGCUUCACAGACAAUGCCCCCAGCCCGUCCAUAGGGGUGGCCAGUCGGAUUGAUGGCACAGGGAUGCCUCAGCCUCUCGCGGCCCUCCACGUGGUCACCCAGAAUGGCGCAGCCGCGGCUGACGGCUCCUCGGUCAAGACCAACAGCCCGGCGUACUCGGACAUCUCUGACGCGGGUGAGGACGCCGAGGGCAAACUAGCGGAAGGUGUGAAGGUCAAGGUGGAGGAGCAAGUCAUCAGGGAAGGAACCAAGAAAGCCCUGUUCCCCAACCAUACGCCGAACAAGGAGCCUCCGUACUAUGCCGGCUACGAGGCCUACUACUCUCCCAACUACGCCAACCCCAGCCCCAGUGGUGCCAACCCGGGCAUGGCCCACCCCGAGGGCCCGGCGGUGAAAGUGAAGCGGGAGGAUGAACCGGAGCGCGUUGAAGACAAGAUCAAAGUGGAACCUCACGAAGAGCGCAAACCGGAGAUAAAUGCCUCCAGUCAACAACAACAGCAUCAACAACAUCAUCAUCAACAGCAGCAGCAACAACAACAGCAACAACAACAGCAGCAACAACAACAGCAGCAGCAGCAGCAGUCAGUCAUCCAGCAGCGCUCCAACAUGUACAUGCAGCCGCUCUACUACAACCAGUACGCCUACGUCCCCCCAUAUGCCUACCACCCCGACCAGGCCUACCACAACCACCUGCUCAACACCAACCCGGCCUAUCGGCAGCAGUACGAGGAGCGCCAGCGCCAGGUGAUCUCUGAGCAGCACAGGGCCGCAGUGGCGGAAAAGAAGAGCUCAGAUGCGGCAGCCACGAAGGAGGAGUGGAAGCAGAAGGCCCCGGGGCUGCCCCCUGUCUCCAAAGGCCCCGGCCAGACGGACAGCCUGGGGCACAAGAGCCAGCAGAACCAGGGCAAGUCCAGAGACUCUCCCCUGGAACCCUCCAAGACCUCCGCCAUAGGCCUGAAAGGAGAGGAUUCAAAGUCGCAGCAGGCAGAGGGGCUGAAGAUGAAGCUGAGUGAAGCCGGCCACCAUGUGAAGGAGGACUCUAAACCGGGCCUGGAUUGGUACCGACAGACCCCGCAGGAGGAGGAGCUGCCGCAACAACCGCCGCCACGCUGGAAAGAAGAGCGAGACCGAGAGCGAGAGAGGGAACGCAAAGGGAAGGACGACAGGCCUGGCCGGCCCAAGGAAGGCGGUGGCCCCAAAGAGGACGGCCCUGGUCCCAAAGAGGGUGGGGACGCCCGGACGUCUUCCGCCGAGGAGCACCGGGCCACUGGCAAAGACCCUCGCGCCGGCGCCCACAUGCAGUUCUCCUCGCCCCUGGUACAACACCAAGGUUACCUGCCAUACAUGCAUGGUUAUCCAUAUGGGCAGGGCUACGACCCCAGCCAUCCCGGGUACAGAGGCAUGCCCACGGUUAUGAUGCAGAACUACCAAGGUUCCCCGUACCUGCCCGCAGGGUACCCCUUCUCCCCUUACGGAAGCAAGAUGGCCGGAGGCGAGGAGGAGGCGAGGGGAGGUGACAAAUCUCGCGCCAGCCCCACGGUGAGCGGCAAGGCCGCGUCGGCAGACUCCAAAGCCCUGGACAUCCUUCAGCAGCAUGCCAGCCAGUACAAGAGCAAGUCCCCCACGGUGGGAGACAAGCCGCCCCACGAGAGGGAGAGGGGCGGGGAGAGGGAACGAGACAGGGAUGUGGACCGGCCGCGCUCCUCCCCCUCCCAGCGCAUCAUGCCCUCCCAUCACCACCUGGGCUACCCGCUGCUCUCGGGCCAGUACGACCUGUCCUACGCCACAGGUCUCUCGUCAUCAGCUAUCGUUGCCAGUCAGCAAGCCACAGCCCCUUCCCUCUACCCUCCGGCACGGAGGUGAGAACGGGAAGCCUGAGCAACACCUCACCGCCCUGCAGAGAUUCAUGUGACUGGCUCACAUGAGGAAGCCCUCGGCUCAGAGUCCAUUUUAAACAUCAGUUGAAUGGUGUUUCUAUUUUUUGUUUUCUGCCUGAAUGUUCGGCAGAUUGACAUUUUUCUUCUAGCAGCGUCGCUUAUCCCUGUCUACCCUCACCGUGGGCUCGGACUAACCACACCCAAGGUUGAAAGCCAUCACUCUCUGCCCACGCGCAGAAGACCGCAUAUAUAUAUAUAUAUAAAUAUAUAUAUAUAUAUAUAUAUAUUUGUCUUUGCACUGUUGACAAAUGGACACAUGCAAAAAUAGACCAACUGACUGCUUAAAAAAGCUGAAAAAGUAUUUUCACUUUAAUGUUUGUUUUUUUUGUCUUGCGCAGAAAGUGACAGGAUUUGGGGGUCUGGUGAUUGGGGGAUGAUGGGGGAGGGGUCCAACAAAAAUAAAGACUGACAAAACUCAAAGUCAUCAUGUUGAAAUGAUUGAACUUGCUGUCCCUGUUCUACUCAGUAUGCCGCUAAAAUCCUGACAACUUUCAUUAGUGGGUUUACUGUAUGUGGCCAGAGGAAGUUUUAGGGGAGCUGUUUGUUCUCUGGCUUACAUGGGAGCUUGGAGAAGAUUUCUGGUUUCUUUUAUCGUCCCUUAACCAGUCAUUUGCUCGGUAACCACCUCUUGGUUCACUUUUCAGGGAUAGCUGUAAUUAUUGUGCGAUGGGAACACAUUCACCUCAAAACAGUUUUGUGUUUUUCCAUAUAUUUAUUCUGUUUGGCAUGAGUUUUUAUUUUUAUUUUUUAUCCUUCACUUCAACUUUUCCGUACACUGAAUCAACCAGAUCUGCUGUCACUCACACUCUGGCUCUACUCGUGAUUGCACUGAAUGAUGGGACAGUUGUGGCCCUGGUUUCGGUUCAGAGGUUUAAAGCUGUCUUCGAGCAUUGUCAACCAGUUACUACAGAACACUAGAGAUCAUCCACUAAAAGCGGCACGCCAACCUCACCGUCAGUCCACCGACCUGCGCUGGUCCCUCAGUCUGCACCGCUAAUGGAGAAGGAGGAAGGACGCCACAAUGUACAGAAAAGGCAGACGUCUGCCGCUUCUAUCCGGGGGGUGAGGCGGGAUGUGGGGUUCUCAGGUGGCGACUGCCAGAGACUGUACAGCUGGGCUCCCAUCUCCUUGACUUGCUCGUUUCCCCACUCGCCUCUUGCUGGUUUUCAAAAGUUGAAUUCUACUACUUGGGUGACUGGUGAUUAGUCAGGACAGGCUGCCGCGUUGAGCCCAGGCUAGCUGCAGGGAUUAAAGCCUUGGACCUUGGUGGGCAAUGAAUGGCAAGAUAAACCGCUGUGAGGGUGCCAAGGCCCCCUAAUGGGGUGGGUGGGGUGAGGGUCCGAUCUGUCAGACUGCCAUGGGUUUAAAACCUGUUUGUGAGGGAGGUGUUUAAGAGGGUUUUUCUCCAAUCGGCCACAGUCAUCUUCAGCUGUGCUCUGCCUGUUAUUUAUUUCGGAAAGCUUUUUUAAUUUUUUAAAAAAUUGUUUUACGAAGAGCCAGCGAUGCCGAUUUCUGCACCUAAACAGUAGCCUGCAUUAACACUACAUCAGGAUGAAAACAUUUUCUGUGGCAUCGGAGCUCCUGCUCGGCCACAAUAGUCACCCAGCUCGACGCCAUUGCAAUUAGUGGAGAUUAUUUGUCUAGGGUGACGACUUGGGUUUAGAACCUUGAUUUACCUUUGUGCCCUGUUAAUUUGAAUGUAAGCCUCUGUGUGGUGUGGUAUAGCACUUAAAACAACCUACAACAGUCCCCUCAAAUUAUACAAGCAGUGCAAAAGGAUUUCUUUCCCUAUGGUGUAUAGGGAAACAGAAGAACUCGAACAGAAGUGUAUAGAAAAGGCUUAAUAUGGUGUGAACUGUUCUCAUUAAGUUAAUCCAGUCAGUAGAAAUGAGAUGUCUUUAGACAAGUCAUGUGGAGGUCUUCAGCUGUACAAACAUGGCUCGUUCUCUGUCAGAGCGAUAUGAAACAAAGUCAAAUAACCAAGGAGUCAACCUACUGCUGACCAGAACGUUACUGCAAUUGUCAAAUAUUUGUGAGGGGUGACGGUAUUAAAGUACAUAAUUAUACAGCUCUAUCUCAGUAACCUGAAACUGCAAGCUUGGUGAUGUAUCUCCCUGGUAAAGUUCUAGGAAUGUAUUGCUAGUUUAUUGUCCACAAGUGUCAGCGUUCUUAAAUGGAAUGAUGUUCCGACCUGUAUAUCUGAAUGUGACAGUGUUUAAGAUGUCCUGUACAGCUCAUAUCUACUAGGAAUAUAGGCAGCUGUCAUGUUGUCUGAUGCAUCAGUGGAGUGUAAUUUUUACAUGUCCCCAGCAGGUGGCGUUAGAAUGCUUUUCCACUAUUCACCGGAGAGGGGAAACACUAUUGCAUUUCUCCUCCAAAAUAAGGACAGUGAUUUAGACUUUGUAGUAGGCUGAAUGAGAGUUAAAUCAUAUGUCCUGAGGUUAUGAUAAAGCCUAAUGAGCAAGUAUUUGCUGUACAGCAACCUAAAGGAGAAAGCGCUUGGUUCUGUUUUGUUGAUUUUGGAGGACUUAAUUUUACUCCGGGAUGCAGUAAUUUUUCUUGUUGUCCAGCACAGCAGUUGCUUAAGUCAUCUCAGUUGGUGCUUAGAUAAACAUCCUUCAUCCCUAGGGAAUAAGGACACUUCGACAUCUCAGAUUUCCAGAGCUUGUCAUAUCCCUCCUCUCCAACCUCAUGGCCGCUCUCGUGUCUCUUAAAACCCUAAAAGUGUCAGUCACUGGUACUUUCAAGGAUGUUUACAACUGUUUUCAUUUCCAUGGUUCAACUCUGUUCAUUGCGGUCUUCCCCCGUCCUCCCCUUCUGGAGUUUAUGUAAAGUGUACAUUACCACAGUUUUUUUAUACGAUACUGUAACUUGCCUUUGUACAUUUGGGCGAAAAAUAAAUCUUUUUAUGAGACAAUCA